AAAAAUAAACGUAUAUCACUAACACCUAAUUUACUGAGUCGUCACAUGAUUGCAGAUUUCAUCUUGACGGAAGAACAGAUUGAGAAUAAGACAUUGCUCAUGAUAGAUAAGUUGUUGCGGAAAAAAAAUACAUCAUUGGAACGAUGGACGACGAUGCCGCAGCCAAUUGAUAAUGAUCAACAAUCACAUGAUAAUCAGCUUCUCCAAGAUGAGUUGAAUUACCCGCAGGAAGAGUUGCGCUUAAGACACCAGGAACUUUUUGCACAAUUAACAGAUGAGCAGAGGAGUGUUUACGAAGAAAUUAUGGCCUCUGUCAAUACGUCAUCAGGAGGGGUCUAUUUUGUUUAUGGAUAUGGAGGAACCGGGAAAACGUUUAUCUGGAAUCUUCUUUCAGCUGCUAUUCGUUCAAGAGGUGAUAUUGUUCUCAAUGUUGCUUCUAGCGGAAUUGCAGCUUUACUAUUACCUGGAGGAAGAACUGCUCAUUCCAGAUUUAGCAUUCCUAUUAACCCUGAUGAAUUCUCGACGUGCAAGAUCCAACCAGGUAGUGAUCAGGCAGAAUUAAUAUCUAAAGCUUCUCUGAUAAUCUGGGACGAAGCACCUAUGAUGAGUAAACAUUGCUUUGAAGCUUUAGAUCGUAGUCUCUGUGACAUUAUGCAGACUACAGAUGAAACUCCUUUCGGUGGUAAAGUUGUAGUAUUUGGAGGUGAUUUCAGACAAAUACUACCAGUUAUUCCAAAAGGAAACCGAGCUGAUAUAGUUAUGGCUUCUCUUAACUCUUCAUAUUUGUGGAAAUACUGCAAAGUUUUGCAGCUAACCAAAAAUAUGAGACUCUUUUCAGAACAGGAUAAUAGUGCAGCUGAGGAGAUUGCAGAAUUUUCAAAAUGGAUUUUGGAUGUAGGAGAUGGAAAGAUUAAUGAGCCAAACAGUGGAGAAACUAUGAUUGACAUUCCGGAGGAUAUUUUGAUAACUCAAUGUGAUGAUCCUAUUGAGGCUAUAGUUUCAGAGGUUUAUGGGACAACUUUCAAAGACUCAAAAGACCCAAUAUUUUUUCGAGAGCGAGCAAUCCUGUCUCCAACUAACGAAGAUGUUGAUGUCAUCAACAACUACAUGCUUGAUCACCUAACUGGGGAGGAGAGAAUUUAUCUGAGUUCAGAUAGUAUUGAUCCUGCUGAUACGAAAUCUAAAGAUGACUCGGUAUUUACACCUGAAUUUCUUAAUAGUAUCAAAACAUCAGGGUUACCUAAUCAUUCUUUACGACUGAGGAUUGGUACACCGGUUAUGUUAUUAAGGAAUCUUGAUACUACCGAAGGUUUGUGCAACGGUACGAGGUUGCAAAUUACCCAAGUUGGUAAUCAUCUUCUCGAAGCUAAGGUGAUAACAGGAACUAGAGCUGGUGAGAGGGUCUUCUUACAUCGUAUGCUCAUUACACCUACAGAUUCUAAGCUUCCCUUCAAAAUGAGGCGUAGGCAAUUUCCUUUGAAAGUUGCUUUUGCCAUGACAAUUAAUAAAAGUCAAGGUCAAACACUAGCCACAGUUGGUUUGUUUCUACCUAGACCCGUAUUCUCGCAUGGGCAGUUGUAUGUGGCUGUGUCUAGAGUGAAAUCCAGGAAAGGGUUAAAGAUUUUAAUUACAGACAAAGUUGGGAAGCCACAGAGGUCAACCAUGAAUGUCGUUUACAAAGAAGUUUUUCAGAAUUUGUUUGAAGAAAAAGACAUAUAAGUAAGUAUUUGCUGUGUUGAUUAUGGUAUUAUAUAUUCUUACGAGAAGUCUUAAAUCUUUUGAUUUAUUGUUUAUGUUGCUUAUACUAAAUUAUGUUUAAUUAACAGAGGUUGUCUGGCAAGUUUGUGCAAGAAGAAGUGUUUUUACGUGGAAGGUAUGCCGAUUUCGUACUUUUAUAUAGUAAUUACUCAUAUUUUAAAGCAAACGGUUAACAUAAGUAAUUGGAGGGUUAACUACCUAUCGACAACUCAAGUGCUACACAAUUUGCAGGCAAACCAACUGAAAUUUUGCCAUGAAAAUCCCAUGUACUCUUCAAGCUGCUAUGUAUACCAUUUAUACAACUCCUUUUCAGUAAUUUCAAGAUUGCAGGAUCUCUGUGUACUCAUGUGUUUUAGUAGACAUUUUUUCAUAUACCAAAGUUUAUUAGAGGAAGUUUUUUAAAAAGUUCGGUUCCGUUUAAGACUUAUCUAUGUUGCAUAAUACGGACUAUUAUGCGUCUGAGCCUCUCAUGUUGGGUUUUUUUUUAAGAAAAAGGCAUCUCAUGAGCCUUUAGUCGUAUUUCCUAAGUGUGUAAUCAUAAAAAUAACAUAGACGCACACAAAAAUCAAAUUUCAUAUAUCAUUCAAGUGUAUAUGAUAUAUACUGUUUUCCAAGCCUCACGAAUUUUUACGAUUGCAUUUAUAUAGUUUCAAUCAUUAAAAAUUUUGGGAUCCUUAUGAUAUAGACUGUUUAUGUUAUAUCAUAAAAACAUGUAUAAUCACAGUUAGACAAUUAAACUUAUAUGAACUUCCCUCUGAUUUCUCUUAAAGUCAAUAUAAAGAGAAACAUUUUUCACAAAGAGCCGAGUAUAUAAUGUUUUUUUUUUUUGUUAGAAAGACUGUAAUUCGUUUGUUUCCGAAUUUAUGUAGGGGAUAUAUAGUGUUUCUAUAUAAAUAUUAAUGUGAAAUAUUCGCAAAAUCUUGAAUACGAAGUAAACUUUCACAUUUAGUUGUUUCCUUUCUCUCACAUGGUAUCAUAAGUUUAAUAAAAACUACAGUUAAGGCAAAGAUCAUAGUAUAUAAUAUUGAACAUAGAUUAUUUAGAAACUUAAUAUACUUAGCUAUCCCGAAUGUCUAAUAUAUUAAUGAAAUUAUAUAUAUAUAUAUAUAUAUAUAUAUAUAUAUAUAUAUAUAUAUAUAUAUAUGUUUCUAUAUUAUGGUCGUCGGUCAAUAAUCACAGAAAAUUUGCAUCCCAAGUAACCUAUGUGUGUUUAUGGUAUCUUCGGUACUAUAUUAGUUAAUCGAUAGUAAAUUUGUAAACUGGUACAAUAACCAGGCUGAAACUUAUUACCUUCGCUCAUUGAUGUCGACAUACACAUGUUUGUCUGCAUUGGUUCCAAGUAAAAACCAGCCGGCUAUUCGUGUGAAGAUAGUCAGAACAUGGAAGGCUUCCAUUGGUUCUAAUCGACCCAGGACAUGUUUGGUUAUUGGAGAUGAACAUGUAAGAAACAUAUAUUUUAAUAAAUCGAUUAUACUUUCUCAUAUAUAAUUCUAAUAUAUCGUUUCAUCUAUUACAUCAGGGUACAACCAUCGAAGCAACUAUACCUUGGGGUGUUACAUUGCCGUGUGGAGUAAAUCUGAACGAAGGUGAUUGGUUUGAAAUCUAUGAUUUUAAACUAAUUCAUGCUUCUGGAUUGAUACGCACAACAAGGAACAAAUACCAUAUCAUCCUCACCCAAAACGCAUUGUUAACAAAGAUUCAUCCUAUCAUACAGUUUAACUUCCUUAGCUGUGUGAAUUACGAAACCAUUAUCCGUGGUUUAUCGCAUCCUAAGUUCUGUAUUGGUAUGGGUUGAAAUUUCAGUCAAAGCCUAUAAUAGUUUUAUUAAAUUGUUCUUUUCCAUAUUUCGUAUGUGCAUAUAUACUCGAUACUCUAUGAACUUCUUAUCCACGUUUUUGUAUGUCUUUAGAUCUUUGCGGAGCUUUGUUUCAUGUAGGCCCUCUCGAAGAAAUAAUUCAAGUGCAUCCCAACCAGAUUAAUGGUGGACACCAAAGACGAAUUCUGUUUUCCAUCAUAAAUUUUGAGUGAGUCCUAUUCAAUUUUGUCAUUUAAAGUGUUUAUCACCAAAUUUCUAAAGACAUCGUGCAUUCAUAUGUUAUGCAGUUUUGAUGAAAUCAACUGUGUUGCCUAUGGACAUGUAGCUGAGAAGUUAUACGAAAACUGGUUUUCAUCAACUGAAAGGAUUGUUGUUUGUGUAUUAAAGCUAUGGCGAAUCGAGUGGGGCGAAGGUCAGUUUUAUUUAAUUUAGACGCUUUUAUAGAUCAACAAUUUAAAGAUUUGUUAUGGAACUUCAUUAUUUAUUUUAAUAGGUCACUUGAGCCAUCUCACAUAUUUUGAAGAAUGUUCGGAUAUUUUAUUUGAUUCUGAAAUUCCUGAAAUACAGAACUUCAAAUCAAUGUGAGUGUAAAUAUGAAUGUCAUUUUUUUUAUUAAACAUAUGUUGUAUAUACUAAAUUCUAACGUAAAUAAUCUAUCAGUAAUUUCAGGAUUCCAUUCUAUCCAGUUUGAGUUUAAAGCGACAUCGUUCAACCCUUUCACGUUUCAAGGAUGGGAGUUAUAUGUCAAAUUUAAUUUUGGUUUGGUUUUUUUUUUAAUUUGAUCGAACAUUCUGUUUUCUAGACGUUUCAAUAAGAUUCAAUUGGUUUUAAGUUGGGAUUUGUUUUGUCUUAAUUUGGAUAGAUAUAUCGCAAUAUUACAUUAAUAUUUGAAUCCUUUAUGGUCUUGCUUACCAAAAUUUUUGACCAUACGCCCAAACUUAACAAUAUAGCGAUAUAAUGGCUUCUCAUGGUUUUCAUGACUCGGUUUAUACAUUUUUGCCGGUUAAAUUUUGCGGAGGAACAUAAUUUCGUUAUGAUUCGACAAUGACAUGUAUCUUUAAUUUGGUUUAAUGUUUCAAUUGAGUAUAGUGUACCAUACUACCAUACUCUUAAUAAUUAAUUUGGCCCAACUCAAAGUGUAACACAUAAUAAUGGUUUCAACCGUUUCUCUAACUGGCACCAAGUCCUGAAAGUGUAGACCAUGUAUUAAGACCUGUAAAAGUACAAUCAAGUAAAAGUGUAAACCAUAGUAAUGUAUGAGAGUUAUUAAAAAGUUAUACAUAACUUACAUAUAGAGCGUUAAUUGUUCACCAAGUAAAUCAAUUCUGUUGGACUCAACUAUUCUACAAAAUUAACCGAGAUCGUAUUCUUUGAGAAAAAAAUUUUCCUUUUAAUUAUGAGAAAGGUCUAGACGUGUCCCCCAAGUAAUUGUUUUACACUUUGAGUUAAUAUGGAUUUAGACGUGUCCCCCAAUUUUUCUGUCUACAAUCGCACGUAAAGAUCAGACGUGUCCCACAAUUAUUUCCUGAAUAGCAAACCCACGCCUAUUUUAUGAAGUAAGAUAAUAUUCAUAACAUAUUUUCUAAAUUUAUGAAUACAAAACAUGGCAUAUAUAAUUAAUUUGGUAUCAAUAACAGAAGGAAUGUAAUAUAUAGAUUACCGGUUCCGAUCCUACCAAUAUAUUUACUAAAUCUCAUACUAAAUCUCUUUUAGGGUUCGGACGAAAGAUAUAUAUAUGAAAUGUGCGUGAAGCAACCUAAGCAAACUAAAAAAACAUUAGCAUACUAAUUUGGUCUUAUAGUGAUUUGCGUCAUGGUCAACUUCAUCUCUUUGAGUGAUUUGCAUAGUAAGAUUCCAUUCCCUGCAAUCCGUGUUAAGAUAAUCAAAAAAUGGAAUACGAAAAUUGGAAGAGAUCAUCACUCAAUGAUGCCCUUAGGAGAUUCGAAUGUAAGUAUUCUUAGAUUUCGUUCAACCUCUUAUAAAUGACAUUUAUAAACAAUUUGUGAAUUAAAUUAUUGUUCUUUUUAAACAGGGAGUAACAAUACAAGGAAGCUUAAACUAUGCUUUAUCUCUACCUAGAGAGAUUGAGUUGAAAGAAGAUGACUGGGUUGAGAUUCUCAAUUUCGACAUAAGAACAGUUUUAGAGUUGCAUAGAACGACAAAGCACAAAUACACAAUCAAGUUCAAUGAAUCGAGUUUGUUUAGGAAGAUACAACCAGUGAACGCUUCUAACUUUCUAUGCUGUGCAAACUUUCGUGGUAUAAAGAGGGGUCUUUAUCAUCCUAUGUACUGCGUCGGUAUGUUAACUAUCCUGUACUCUUUCUUAGAUUGAUUAACUAAUGCUACUAAACUCUGAAAAAAUAAUACUGUUAUGUAGAUCUUUGUGGAGCAUUAGUGCGUGUAGGAGAUCUUAUAGCUACUAAGCUAGCACAACCUGCCAACAUUUAUAACUCAAUUAUGUAUUCGUUGGAGUUCUCCUUAAUAAAUCUCGGGUUUCUACUUUUCAUUUAAUACAUCUGUUAAUUUUAAAUACGACCAUGGCUGUAGAAGUAAUAUUGACUGAUAACUUUCCCGAUAUUAUCAGGUACACUCAUAUACAGUGUGUUGCUUAUGGAUCUCUAGCCCAUCGUUUAAAUGCAUUCUGGCGUGCUAAUACUGCAGAUGUUGUUGUAACUGUUUUAAGGUUAUGGCGAAUUGAGUGGGGAGAAGGUAUAGUAUAUUUAUUUGGUACCUAUAAUUUUAUAUUCAGAAUUUUUUGGUUUGUGUUCUUAUUGUCAAUAUUACUUUAUAGGUGGUUUCAAUUAUGUUACAAACAUGAAAGGUGGUUCUGAUAUUUUGUUUGAUUCUGACAUCCCAGAGAUUCAGUUCUUCAAAUCUCAGUAAGCAUAGCAUUCAAAGUUUUUUAUUUUGUAUGAGUAAUAUAUAUAAAAUAUAUCCAUUGGUUAUUCCUAAUAUUUUUGAAUUUUUUUAAUUGUAGGAUUCCAAGCAUCGAUUUCUGAAGUCUAGAAGUUAUUCAAUCAUAUUUUUCAUUUCAAUUUAUUUUUACAAUACCUAUUUAUAUUUAGACCAUUCUUUGUAUUUGAAAGAAUGAGAUUUGCAUACUUAUUAUAAUGGAAUUGAGGUUUUCGAUUUAAAAUAGUUUCCUGAUUCUUACUGACUUCUUUGUAGUUUUUAUAUAAUUACUACAUAAAAUGGCCAAUCUAUAUCCUCCUCAUUAACACCCGAAACUAUCAAUUCAUAACAAACUAAUAUCCAAAUUAGAAAGAUUUAAUGUUUUUAAAUCUCACAAAAACCAAAUGUAAUCAUCUCAUCCCGCGCAAGGCGCGGGUUACUACCUAGUGAAGCUUUAUUUGUCAAGUUUAAGUCUCCAAUUAUGUGCUUUCAAAUCUAAUUUCGACUUUAUCUUCUCAAAAUCCAAUCAAAUCAUGUUCUCGUAUGAGAUAGACAAACAAUAAUCUGCAUCAAUUUCUAAAUCCUAAAUUCUAAACCCAAAUCGUAAACUCUAAACUUUAUUUAGAUGUCUUAGGUUUGGGAUUAGAGUUUACAACUGAAUUUAGGUUUAGAGUUUAUAAUUGAGUUUGAGUUUAGGGUUUACAGUUUUGGUUUGGAUUUAGGGUAUAUAAUUGUAUUUGAAGCUUUAUAUCUUUUAUGUGGAGAUGGAGAAGAAGAAGCCGAUGUCUUUUAUUUUUUCAACUGUUUUUCUUUUUUUUCUCUAAUUUUUUUUUGCUUAAUCUUACAUGGCAUUUUAAUUGGUUUAGAAGGUGUGAACCCAAGUAUUGUCCUUGUAAAAGACUAUAGGACGAUCUUUUUACUUUCUUGAUAUAAAAGUAUU